CAGGCUAUCAUGUGAUCCCAGAAUUGGGCCGCAGGAGUCAUGCAUUCCAACUGUACUGCUGAGAAUGGGCGGCAGCCCCAGGAAGUUGCCCGGCUGAUCAAGAAGCAUUUGGUGCGCUCCAUCAAAGCCCUGCAGAAACAUUACGUGACGUCUGAUGCCCUGGUGACCAGCGACGAUGGGGAUGCCAACACUCUCUGCUGUGCGCUGGAAGCGGUGUUUGUGCACGGACUGAAGGCUAAGCACAUCAAGACAGAAGUUGGAAUCAAAGGGAGGAAAUUAGGGGGGCGCCCGCCUCUUCCUCAGCCCGUUUUCUGGGCCCUUCUAAAAUCUAUCACACACAGAAACAUAAUUGCUGAACUGGAGCGCUUGGAUUUCAUCAACACAGACGUGGGGCGAUGCCGCGCGUGGCUCAGACUGGCGCUGAAUGACGGCCUGAUGGAAUGCUACCUGAAGCUCCUCCUCCACGAGAAGGCCCGCCUCUCGGAGUAUUACCAUUCGCCGGCCCUGCUGCUGGAUGCCGAGGAGUGCGAGUUCCUCUUGAGUUACCUGCGGGGCUUGUCCUCCCUCGCCUUUGACCUCUCUUACAAAUCAGCCGUUUUGAACGAAUGGACGGUCACUCCUCUCUCGCUGUCGGGGCUAUGCCCAGCCUCAGAACUGCUGGACUCCCUGGAGAGUCUGGAGCCGCGGAGGAGGGAGUCUCUGGGCUCUCUCUCCCAGUCUUCCGGCUCUGACGAGGUUGAAAGUCACCCCACUGCCUUGCCCCUCGCCAAAGGCCAGCAGGCAGAGGCCUUCAUGGCGUCCAGCCUGAGUCUGAGCACGACGGGAUCCUCGCAGCUCUCCUCCAGCCUUGGCUCAGACAGCCUCCUCCCGGGGAGCUGCACUCGAAGCCCUGACAGGGGAGAAGAGACCGUCUCGGGUGAUGCUGAAGUUGGCACCACGGCUGCAAAAGACUUGGACAGGUCGCUCCAAGAGGUGUUAGCAGAAUUUAGCCGAGCCCAAAGGAAACUGGAAUCUGCGGAAGAGAAGCCAAGCCCUGCGCUGGCUGAGUCUUCUCUGCCACAGGGCCCCUCUCCUAUAGUCAGCUCCUGCAUCGCACCCCGUCCUUGCACGGAAGUAGCUGGCAGCCUUGCUCCUGUCCAGUUGCUGCCUCCCCCUACAAACUCCCAACCUCCCAGUGGAGCCAGCCCACUUCAAACAGGCGGAACAGCAGAGAACUGGGUAGGCCUUGGUGCCAGGAUCCCGCCCUCCCCCGAGCGGGUCGGAACACACUUUGCCAAGCGAGAAGCGGGACCACGCCAGAGUCGCUGCGGUGUCAGCAGAGAAGCAGAAGAGAGCGCCUGCCACGUGAACGGCCACGACGGAAACCAGCCAGGGAUGGGAGAACUUCUCUCACCAGUCUCUCCGGCGGGCUGUCUGAAAACCAAUUGGAUCACUGAGGAUGAUUUUCACCUUCCUCCUCCUCCUGAGGAGGAUGGAAGAGGCUCUUCCUCUUCCCACAGGCCAUCUCCAGAGGGUGCGGCUGAUGCCCAGCCACUGAUAACGGGUGAUGUGGACACACUUCACGCGCUUUGCCCAGAGGCCAGGAAAUCCAAGUCAUCCCCUGAGCGAGAAGCAAAGGGUUUUAGCGUAGUUCAUCGGAGGCAGAAAGGCCUUUCCAAUCCCUUCCGUGGCCUGCUGAAGCUGGGGAGCCUGGAGCGACGGGGAGCCAUGGGCAUCUGGAGGGAGUUCUUCUGCGAGCUCUCCCCCCUGGAGCUGCGCCUGUUUGUGGACAGCGAGGAGCGGGUGUGUGUGGAGAGCUGCUCCCUGCUGCGCUGCGACACCCUGGGGGUGGCGCACCACGACGGCCGGUUUGAUCUCAUCUUCUCAGGCAAACAGCUGUGCCUUCGGGCCGCCUGCCAAGACGAGGCAGAGGACUGGCUGGACCGGCUGCACGAAGCCCUUCGGAAGUGCCGGCCUCAGCUGGAGGAGGACUGGGAAACCAUCGAAUGCCCAGAAGCAGUGGAGGACCUUGAGGCAAGCCCUGCCGGGGGGGAGCCUGGUGGCCCGUCGGGCCUCUUGCAGUACAAUAGAGUGGGUGAAAACGAACUGGACUGGACGUGCACCCUCACCCCAGAGGUGGAUGCGGUCAAGGAGUCUGUGCUGUACCUGGAGGCUGACCGGGCCUGGGUCCCUUUUGUGUUCUCCUUGUCCUUAGAAGCCUUGAAAUGCUUCAAAGCCAGGAGUGGCGAGAAAACCUUGAGCAACAGCUACGGGGUCGAGACCAUCCAGGACAUUCUCCCGGAUGUGAGCCUAGGCGGGCCAGCCUUCUUCAAGGUCAUCACCUCCAAAGCGGUGCUGAAGCUGCGAGCCCAGAACGCAGAGGAAGCGGCCGACUGGAGGGAUCUGGUCCGCCAAGUGUUGAUGUCCUACCUGGAAACCGCCGAGGAGGCCUUGACGCUCGGAGGCAACCUGGACGGGAAUUCGCAGGCCAUCUUGAAGAACAUCGUCAAGGAGAACGGCUUCCUCCUGCAGUACUUGGUUGCCAUCCCCACGGAGAAGGGGCUAGACUGCCAGAGCUUCAUUUGUGCAGGCUGCUCCAGGCAGAUCGGCUUUUCCUUUCCGAAGCCCAAGUUGUGUUCAUUCACAGGCCUCUAUUACUGCGACAGCUGCCACCGGGACGAUGAACUGGUGAUUCCUUCACGCCUGAUCCAUAACUGGGAUCUCAGCCGGUAUCCGGUCUGUCGACAGGCAUUGAAAUUCCUGACCCAGAUUUGCAACCAGCCCUUGAUUGACCUGAAACUGGUGAACGAGACCCUCUACGACCACGUGGACCUCAUGAGGCACAUCUGCCGGAGUCGUGAGCAGCUAAAGCUUCUUGGGGAUUACCUCGUCCUCUGCCGCAGUGGUGCCUUGAAGGAAAUCACCAAGCGGCUGGACCACCGGCAUUACCUCCUGGAAACUCUCCAUAAAUACAGUGUGGCUGACUUGAGUCAGAUUGCAGAUGGUGUGUUUGAGACAUUCCUUCAGUCCCUGAUUCAGUUUGCUUCUCACCACGUCUACAACUGCGACCUUUGCACCCAGAGGGGUUUCAUCUGCCAAAUCUGUAACAGCAAUGACAUCAUCUUCCCUUUUGAGUUUGACACAACAACCAGGUGCAGUGAGUGCAAGACAGUCUUCCACAGCAGCUGCCACGCGAAUGCCACUUUCUGCCCCCGCUGUAUCCGCCGGCAGAAGUACCAGCAGAAGCUGCAGGCGACCCAGUGGCAAUGAGUUCCCAGGUUGUCCUGCAGGACGUGAGAGGCGGAAACUUCUAAGGCCCACUGCCCGGCACAAGCGUUGGGUCUCAUCCACCGCUGAUCAUUUGACCCCCCCCCCCCUCAUGGGCUUUGGUGGCAACAUCAGCUGUCGAGAAGAGGCGCUCUGAGAGCAGCCAGGACGGGGAAGGAGACUUCUUGGUGCUGACCUGCAGCUGCCUCAGGGCGCCGUUUGCCUCUGCUGCCUUCCCAGUUGGCAGCAAGAUUUGGGCUCGAACGGAACGCACAAAGCCAGGCUCCCCCAAGAGAAAGAGAGAGCGUUUGUUCCCACCCACUUUGUAGCAACGAUCUUGUGCCUUCUGCACUUUACAGACUCACCGUGAAAUGCCUGCGUGUCGAAAGGCUGCUGAAUCCUUCGGGAACACAUUCCAUCUUUCCACCUCCUCUGUGCCAAGUGACCUUUUUCUAACUUUAAAAAAAAAACCCUUCUCUGCUUCAUUUUUUUUUAAAAAAAAAAAGAUACGCUAGCUCAAUGCAUUCCAGAGAUGAAUUUUUAUUUUCCAUUUACUCUUCUAUGCAGCUAAUUAAAGUUUAUUUAACAAGGAACUAAUCCA